UACAAAUUCUGAUCGAUAGCGGUGUAUUGUCACUGGAUGUGCACGUUUUUGGAAAAGUUAUUUUUUUACCAGUAAGCAAAAUUGUACGCAUUAAAUAUAUACAAAAUCAUUUAAUAUGGCUGACGAAAACACUAUAAAUCAAAAAAUGUCCGAAGUGAAGAUAUCCGGAGGACCCAGCUCAGUUCCAAAUGACCAGUAUGCACAGCAACCGCCGCCGCCGCCGUACACUGCGGCCCCCCCUCCGCAUAUAGUCCAGCCCACCAUCAUUCACACCACCUCCACGGGAGUACCGGUGGUGACCGGGACCUUUGUGGUGACCACUCCAGCCGGGCCGGAGCCUAUGAUUAUGACCUGCCCGUCCUGUAAUCAUCAGAUCGUUACGAGGAUUGAAAGGACCGCAACGUCACGGACUCAUUUGAUUGCUUGCCUAUUGUUCUGUUUUAUUUGCUGGCCCUGCACCUGUCUUCCAUACUGUAUGAACUCCUGCAACAACAUAGACCACUACUGUCCAAACUGCAGUGCAUAUAUUGGAGGCUACAAAUUUUAAUCUAACAUUCCUUCCAAAGACUCCAUCUAGCUAAAUGUGUUUAUAUUUUUUAUAUUACAAAACUACGUAAGCAUAA